AUGUCCGUAUCAACAAAGUUCCAGGGGAGAAUGGUCGGUCCCCUGGACAAGCGAAGGCGGAUGACGCGCUGCCUCGCCUGCGCCAAACGACGCAUCAAGUGUGAAGGGGGAUUCCCCUGUGUUCAUUGCAUUCGACGAAAUACGAUGUGCGUUUCCCAGCAGCACUCGGGACAUGGUAUGACUAAGUUUGUCAACAAAAAUCAGCAAGAUGAUUUUGGUGGACGCCACCAAAGUCCUGAUCAGAAGGGGUUAUCCAUCCCAAAUACGGAAACCCUCGGGAUUCGCCCACUUAUUUUCAUCGGGAAAGAUAAGGGUACCCGCCUUCUUGAUUAUUUUGCCUCUUUUAUUGAGCACAACAUGUUCACGAUGAGCUUCGGAUCAAUAGUUCCGGACUUGCUUCCUCUAAUUUCAACAUCCCCAGUUCUGUACCAUGCAGUUAUAGCGGUUGGUGCUUUGCAUGCGAACCGACAUACCGAUGGACGCGCAUUACAGGAGAAAUCCCCCUAUGUCGAUUCGAUGACCUCUUACCAUAGGUCAAUGGGUAUUUUGCGGUCGUGUCUGGGAAAUAGAGAUGUAAUGCAAAAGGAGGACAUCCUCUGGGCUACGUUUUUUCUAGGACUGUUUGAGUUGCUCUCAGACGAAUCCGGUGAAGGCUGGGUUAAGCAUAUGCUCUAUGGAACAUCAAAAAUGCUGCAACUUGUCGGACCAACCAAUUGCAUGUCAUCGGCUCGAAGGAUAUUCUACGACCUGUUUCGUGUCCUUGAAGCCAGCCGAGCAUUACUCUAUAAUGAAGAAACUAUCCUGUCCCAGGAAUGCUGGCUUGGACUCCAGAAGUCAUUGCCGAGCAGUGCCACUCGAUGGGACUCCAUGGAAGAAAUCAUAACCCUCAUGAUUGAGACAUCCGCCUUCAGCGUACGAGCCGGGGCUAUAAUUAAGAUGAUUCCCGAAGCAGAACGGUUCACAGAUCCAUCGGUUGCUAUGAUCGCAGCCGAAGGACUCGAUGUCCAAGAAACUAUCUAUAACUGGCACACGAAAGCGUUGCUGCAGCUGGUCCAGGACGGUCCCAGUCCGUAUUCGAACUUAGCUUUGCUGUAUUAUCACGCUUUGCUAAUCUUUGUCUCUGGAAACUAUGAUUAUUUCCCAUACUGGGACAAUAUCGCAGCCCCGGUAUUAUCCCAUGCUGAAAUUUCCGAACACCUGACUACGAUGGUGUAUCUCUCGGGCGAGGUGUUGUGCCACUCCAAGAUUCCCGGUGCGAUGCUGCUUUUUCCUUUAACCGUUGCAGGAGCUCGGGCCCGGGGAGUUGAUCAAAGAUCUGAAAUAUUGAAUCUGCUCAACCAGAUCUUCUGUAAGGGAUUCGUGGUUGCAAACAAGAUACGGGAUAAUUUGUUAGAACGAUGGGGCCGACAGGGACCAGGAAGAGACGAUAAAUCUGCCCACAUGAAAUAA